AAAGCAGCUGUCAGACCGCAAAGCCAGCAUUUUUUUUGUGGUUUAUAUUUCAUGAGCAUCAUACUGAAAAUUGGUCGAGCUAUUGGGUAUGCAUUCUUCUGAAUCAAGUUCCGAGAAAAUAGAUUUGUACAGAACAAAUUCGGAUUGAAGCACUUCAUUUUGAGGAUGUCUUCUUGCUUGACGUUGGUACUGCCCAUUCGUAACGUCAGUCAUAAAGGAUGCUGCGCCAGGGAAAAUGGUUGAGGAAGAUAAGAUAAUAUUAGCUGGUCAGAAGGUGCUGGACGUCCGCACAGAGGAACGUCCAUGAAAGACGGAUCGCAGACCCGUGUCAUUAAAAUUGUGUCUGGGUUUUCAAGCAAUCAGUAAAGCAUUCUUCACGAGGAAGCAUGGAGUACUAUCCUGAGCCUAAGAAGAAGCGGACACUAGAAGAUUUUAAUACGUUUUGUAGCUUAGUACUGGCGUACGAAGCUAGACAAGAAGAACUCAAACGUAAAAACAAGAGCUCGAAUUCAGAGGACAGUGUGUCAUCGAGCACUGAUUCAGCUUAUAGCGAAAUAACUUCAUCCCCAUCCAGCAGUCAUGGAGAUCCCAGAGAGGAAAGGCUACUAGACGAUGUUGACGAAGAAUACGAUUCUGAUGAUGAAGCUUGGGAUGUAACCACAUGCUACUGCAGUAAACCUUUUGCUGGUCGUCCCAUGAUUGAAUGUUCAGAAUGCUUAACAUGGAUUCAUCUAUCUUGUGCAAAAAUUCGUCGAUCCAAUGUCCCUGAUACAUUUGUCUGUCAGAAGUGUAAAGAUGCUAAACAUACAAUUCGAAGGUCAAACAGAGUUCGAACACAUUCGAAAACUCGUGCUGCCACUGAACUAUAGCUAGUAUGUUCAUUGAUUGACAAGAUGUAAAUAAAUACAUAACAGAGAGAUCAAGGGAGCAAAGAGACAACAGAAGUGUGGAGCCCUUUUAUAGGGUGGAUGAAUAUUCCUUGUAAAUUUUCGUAUGAAUAGACAAUCAUCAGUAGUUGAUAAGUUUGUUCAUAAAACAUUUCAUAGUGUGUUGUUUGUUCACCUCAAUCUAUCAAUAACUAUGCUAACUAAAUUAUCAUACGUUAAUUCAUUUUUGAUAAUGUUCAGGUUAGUCAAGUUGUCAAAUUUCUGUGCAAGUUGAAAUGUUGCACAUUGUAAAUAAGAGAUAUUAAUCGAAAUAUAUAUUUUAUUAAAAAAGAACUGUACAUUACUUGAAACACUAACACUUCUGAUAUGAAGUAUGUGCUAAUGUUUAGUCCUAUAGAGUAGGACAAAUACUGUUCAUGUUUGUAUCAAAAUUCAAAAACAUCAAAACCGUAAGAAAUAAAAUGUUUUUACUGAACUAG